CGACGCUCGUCCCCGCCACGCCCCCCUCCCCCCACCUCCCGGGCUCUGAGCUCUCAGGCCUUCACUGCACCUCCCCCUCACGCUUCUCCACCAGCUCUUUGCAGCGCGAGCCGAACAGGUGUAGCUGUUAGAGAGGCCUGGGGUUCCCAGGAGGGAGGGUGGGAGACAGUCACUCAAUUAAGCCGAACAAGAGGAAGAACAGACGGCAUCAUGUCUCGCUACACUAGGCCCCCCAAUACCUCCCUGUUCGUCAGGAACGUUGCGGAUGCCACUAGGCCUGAGGACUUGCGACGUGAAUUUGGUCGAUAUGGCCCUAUAGUAGACGUAUACAUUCCACUUGACUUCUACACUCGCCGCCCAAGAGGAUUUGCUUACGUACAAUUUGAAGAUGUCCGUGAUGCAGAAGAUGCUCUUUAUAACCUCAAUAGAAAGUGGGUAUGUGGUCGUCAAAUUGAAAUACAGUUUGCACAAGGUGAUCGCAAAACACCAGGCCAAAUGAAAUCAAAAGAACGCCACCCUUGUUCUCCAAGUGAACAUCGACGAUCAAGGAGUCACAGCAGAAGGACUCGAAGUAGAAGUUCUUCAUGGGGAAGAAGCAGAAGACGAUCUGAUAGCCUUAAAGAGUCUCGUCGUAGGGGACUUUCUUAUAGCCGAUCUAAAUCUCGAUCUAACUCAUUAACAAGGCAUUCUACCUCAGGAAGGAAAUCAAGAUCCCCUAGAAGAAAUUCUAGUUCUAGACGACGGUCAAGAUCUGAGUCCUUACAAAAAAGGACCACAUCUGUGGGAAAAUCACAAUCAAGUUCACCUCAGAGGCAGACCACUUCAGGGGCAAAAUCAAGAUCAGAUGGAAGACAUUUUGAUUCACUAGCAAGAUCCCCAUCAAAAUCUCCCCAAAGACACACUAAUUCUGAAACUAAAGCACAGUCUCGGAGCUAUCAUCAUAAAAACAAUUGGUGAAACAGCAGCAGAAGAUCUCUACACAUACUUAGACUUUCAUUAUGAGACAGAACUUUUGUUAAAUAAAAAUUCUUCAUAGCUAUAAUGUGGGCCAAUAUUAUUUUUGGCAUAUACCAGUAGUAAAAUAUAUAUUGCUUUGGGUUAUUAGAUUUGGCCUCAACAACACUGCAGAUAUUAUAAAUAAUGUUAUGUUUAGUUUUGUGCUAAAUGAGAUUUCCUUAUUGUAGUCAGGAAGACCUGAGUUAAAAUCUGGCCUCACAUACUUAAUUAGCUAUGUGACCCUGGGCAAGUCACUUAACCUGUCUGCCUCAGUUUCUUCAUCUGUAAAAUGGGGAUAAUAAUUACCUACCUUCUCAGUUGUGGUGAGGAUAAAAUGAUAUAUUUGUAAAGUGCUUUGCAAACUUUAAAGCACUACAUAAAUGCUAGCUAUUAUUGUUAUCAAUUUCAUAAUCUUACAUACAAACCCAGUUGUUUGUUUCCUUUCCAUUUCAAUGUGCCUAAUUUUUCAAAUAACACUUUCACAUGUGUGGUAAGAGUAAAUUUUCAAAGGAAAUAAGUGAAAUAGAAGUAAUUUAUAAACUUAUUUCAUAUAUUCUAUAUUAUUACCUUAAAUUAAAAUGCUACAUAUUGGUAUAGCACUUUUACCUUUUCAAACUGCUUUUGCAAACUUACUUUAAGACUUCACAGAGCUAUUACUUAUUGAUGUGGAUAUACAUUUCAUUGAUGCAGAUUGUAAUACUUGAAACCUUGAUACACUAUUUGUUAGAUACUGUGACCCUAAAGUUUUGGAACCUGAUGAUAUAUCUUUUGGGCAUCAAUGUCUCCAAAUUUAAUCAAGCCAGGCUUGAGAUAACAGAUUACCAGGGCCAUACUCAAAAUUUUUAGUUUGAUAAGAUCCACUAGAUCAUGUGUUUCAUUGUUGUAAUGUUUCCACCCCAGUGUUUUAAUCUUAAUACCAAUUUCUGGUGAAUGCCUCAUUUUACAAAAUAUAAGAUAGUUUUUGCUAUUCUUGUUAGCAGUAUUCACAAGGCCAAGAAUUCAAAAGGAAGUAUUUUUUCUUGAACUCCAAGGUAACCUUAUCAAAGAAGAUUGAAUAAAUAUUGGUAGGAUAAAAUAGAUUAAUUGGCAUUAAAAUGACAUUCAGUUCUAUACAAACUUGAAAUAUAACUUUGUAUUUCAGGAGGGAUCAGAUCUGAUUGGCAUAUGGAACUUCCACUGAGGAAACUACUAAUACAGAUCAGCACUUGACUCUGCAACUUGCAGUCAGAAUUUCUUGGGUACUGAGACAUUAGGUGACUUUUCUAUAAUCAUGCAGCUAGUAUGUGGGGGACUUGUGUCUCUGGUCUUUGUUUCCUGAGGCCAAUUCGAUCCACUAUGCCAUGCUGCCUCAUUAUAUAACAGCAUGUUGAAUUUAAAAAUAUAAAAAAUGACUUUUACAAAAAAAUUGAAGUAUUUUGAAAAUAUUGUGCUAUCUCCAUUUUCCCAAUAAUUAAUUUUGUUUAUAUGCUUUGCUUUUGCAGUUAAUAAAAUCAAGGGCUUUUCUAAAAAGUACUUUUAAUUUACAUUUUACAUAUGCUAUCUUGGUAGUAUUAUUUAUGAUAAUUUAUUUUUAAAUAUCAGCAAGCAUUAAAUACCUACUAUGUACCAGGCUUUUGGGAUAAAAAAACAAAAAUGAAAGCCCUCUGCUCUGAAGGAGCUUAAAUUCUUUCAAGUAUAGUACCAUAAUGAUGUAUUUAUAUAGCUCUGCUUGUGUGCUAUGUUAAAUUGCAUUCUUAAACCUUUGCGAACAAAGUUAAGUAUUUUUUUGCCUCGUAUGCCAGUCUAUGCUUUACAAAAUUCUUUUUAAUAAAUUACAUUUUUUUUUAGCAAA